AUGGACGACGUGUCCCUCAAGCAAAAGCAGACGGACGACGACAUCGACCUCGAAAACCUCAUUUUCAACCACAGCGACCCGAAGGAACUGGAGCAAACGACGCAGCGCCGAGACAGCGACGACGACGACGACGAGGAGGAGGCGCUCGACGGUCCAGAGACGGAGAAGCCCGCGGCAAUGCAGAUGCAGGACAGCGACUCGGACGAGAGCGAUGCGACCACAAAGUCGAUGGCCAAAGGCGCCGACCGCUCGUCGCUGAACAAUGUGCUGCCCGUGGACAAGCUCAAGAAUGGGGCCACGACAGCCUCCAAGGUCUUUGGUCAGACGUUUUCCAUGUUUAAGGAAAAGUCCGGGGCAGCGCUCGAAGCGGCGAAGUCGUCAAAUGCUGGCAAGACAAUUGCUGGUGGACUGAGCAACGCUGCUACUGCUAGUCAAGAGAAGUACGGGAAGCUGAAGGGAACGGAUGCGUUCAAAAAGUCGUCGACGUUGGCAAGCGACGCCUACGAGCGGACGUCUCUUGUUGCAUCGGGUGCUUUGGAAAAGGCACGCGCUGCGUCAUCUUCUGGAUUGGAGAUGGCCAAACACACUGCUGCUGCUAGUAUUGAGACGAUCAAGUCGAAGACAGGCAGCAAGAAGGGCGGCGAGAAUUAG